AUGGGUGUGACCGGGCUCUGGACAGUAGUGAAGCCUUGCGCGCGGCCUAUCAAACUUGAAACCCUUAACAAGAGAAGGCUCGCCAUCGACGCAUCUAUAUGGAUAUACCAAUUUCUCAAAGCCGUGCGUGAUAAAGAGGGAAAUGCCCUACGAAAUGCACACAUUGUUGGCUUUUUCCGGCGAAUAUGCAAGCUACUCUUCUUUGGUAUUAAGCCGGUCUUCGUUUUCGACGGUGGCGCACCGAUACUCAAGCGGCAGACUAUUGCAAAUCGGAAGAGGCGCAGAGAAGGAAGAAGAGAAGAUGCUGCAAGAACUGCUAGCAAGUUAUUGGCCAUCCAAAUUCAAAGACAAGCCGAGGAGGAAGCAGCAAAAAGAAAAACAAAGCCUCAAUAUGAACCGCAAGAGGAACAGUUGCCAGAUGAAUUAGUCUAUGCCGAGGAAACCCUGAUGACCAAAGCAGAGAGGCAAAGAAACAGGCAGUUCAGGAAAACUGAUGCAUACCAUCUUCCAGAUUUGGACAUGUCUCUAGCAGAAAUGGGCGCUCCAAAUGACCCUAGAAUCAUGUCACACGAAGAAUUGGAAGCUUAUGCUCAGCAGUUUAAAUCCGGUGAAAACAUUAAUCUCUACGACUUUUCAAAGAUUGACUUUGAUGGACCAUUUUUCCUUAGCCUACCUGCUAGCGAUAGGUAUAAUAUAUUGAACGCCGCCAGACUUCGAAGCAGGCUACGAAUGGGGUAUUCUAAAGACCAGCUGGACACAAUGUUUCCGGACCGCAUGGCUUUUUCCAGAUUUCAAAUAGAGCGAGUGGCCGAACGUAAUAACCUUACCCAACGUCUCAUGAAUCUCAAUGGCAUGAAUGGUGAUGCCGUCACUUAUGGGAGCGGGUCUUCCCGAGUUGCUGGAGAGAGAGACAGGGAAUACAUAUUGGUGAAAGACAAUGGAGUCGAGGGUGGAUGGGCUUUAGGUGUUUUGGGUAAUAAAGAAGGUUCUACUAUAAACAAGCCAAUUGAAAUAGACAAACAGGAGGGAAAGCAUAUACUGGACGAGGACGAUGAUGAGGGUGAAGAGUUCGAGGACGUACCAAUUGAAGGCCUCAACCGCCUUCCAAAGCUACCAAUCUUUGAGCCAGGUAUAUUUGAUGAGUCCAUUGCGCAACAGCGCCGCAUGCAGUCAGCCAUUGGGACGAAAGAGGCUGAAGAUGGUGCUGAUGAAAAUACCCUAUUCGUUGAUGAUGGGACCGAAGCAGAAGCUUCUGGAGUUGCUGAACUCUUUGAGCAUUUAGAAGACGAAGAAGCUGAAGAUCUUUCGAGAGCAGUUAACUUAUCUCUGGAAGAUAUACCCGACCAUGACCAUGCUGCAGUCGAUAAAUGGGCAAGUAAAGCUAGCUCCAGUGACCAAGUCAAGGAGACAGAGAUACCAAAUCAUUCCGAUAGUGAUGAUGAUAUGGAAUUCUUUUCUGCCUUAGCCAAAUCUAAGGUUACAAAGGGUAACACUCAGCCUUCUCACCCAUUCUCUGGUCCACUACCCUUUGAACCACUUAGAGUAAUCAGGGGUCCGCAAGAUCCUCCUAGCGCAAACAAUGGCCCGGAAGAUAUCACUGCCGGAGGUUUCGAAGUUUCAGAGCCCGAAGGUAAAGAAGCGCAACCGCUCCCUCCAUGGUUUACAGGGCCAUCUGAACAAAAGGAGUUCAUAUCAAGGGAGGAAGCCCAGAGCAAGGAUUACCGUCAGUCAUUACAAACCAACGGUAUACUACCUCGCUCAAAUGUGAUAGAUAUAACUGGGAGUGACGAUGAUAAGGCCACUGAGAAGGAGGCUAUUAACUUGGACUCCCCCACGAAUGAACUGGCACCGCCGCCAAGCAGUAGUUCUCGGCUGCCGACCUCCCCAGAAAAGCUUCGGGGCAAAGAAAUCAUGCCCACAGAUAACCCACUAAUAACUGAUAUGCUUGACGUACCUGGGCGUACUACAUUGGAGUCACCGUCUGAGAAUUUUGAGGAGAUUCACACACCUCCAAAGGCGACGAAAUCCACUGAAGACAUGUCCAACACUAUAUUUAUGCCUCUAAGUCCCAAAGUUGAAGAUGAGGUUAUGUCGGCCCUGCCUUCUGCUCCUUUAAUUCCCAACCUUCAAGCUCAAUCAAGUUCCCAGAAUCCAUUGGUAGAAUUCCCUGACGGCGAUGACGAGUAUUCUGACCCUGAAGAUGACGAAUUAAUGUAUCAGCUAGCUAUGGAGGCUGAAGAACACGCGCGAUUCGCUUCAACGUUGAAUUCUAAGAGUCAAGCUGAGAAUGCGUUUGACUACGAGCAAGAAUUGAAACAACUUCGUUCUCAGCAGAAAAAGGAUAGGAGGGACGCUGACGAAGUCUCUCAAAUCAUGGUUACGGAAUGCCAGCAGCUAUUACGAUUAUUUGGACUUCCGUACAUUACUGCGCCGAUGGAAGCUGAGGCACAAUGUGCUGAACUGGUAGCUUUGGGGUUAGUUGACGGGAUUGUCACGGAUGAUAGCGACACCUUCCUAUUUGGAGGCACACGGAUCUAUAAAAAUAUGUUCAACCAAUCAAAAUACGUGGAAUGCUAUCUUUCCAGCGACCUAGAAAAAGAAUACACUUUGGAUAGGAAGAAACUUAUCAGCUUUUCUCAUCUACUUGGAAGUGACUACACGGAAGGAAUUCCGGGCAUAGGCCCUGUGACGGCGCUUGAAAUACUUACGGAGUUCUCGGAUCUGGAAGAAUUUCGGGAUUGGUGGUCGGAGAUUCAGUUGGGGAACAAAAUUCCCGAUGAUAUUCAUGCAGGGUUCCGCAAAAAGUUCAAGAAGAAUGUCACGAAACUAUUUUUACCUCCAGGGUUCCCAGAUAAGGCGGUUGAGAAGGCUUACCUGGAACCUGAGGUAGAUCCCGAUCCUUCCGAGUUUAAAUGGGGUGUCCCUGACUUGGAUGCUGUGCGACAGUUCCUAAUGACAACAAUCGGAUGGUCACCAGAACGGACUGACGAAGUUCUUGUCCCAGUAAUCCGGGACGUGAACCGAAGAGAGCAGGAAGGCACCCAAUCAAACAUAACAGGUUUUUUCCAGGGCCCUCAAGGUGCAGGAGCCUUUGCUCCCCGACAACGAACUGCGGGCAAAAGUCGUAUUGAAAAGGCAUUUGGGAGGCUGAGGAACCAGGCAGAAGCAAGACAAACUACUCUGGAUUCAUACGCCAACAAUAAGGAGGACACUAAUCUACCGGAGGGAAUAGCUACAGGUGAUGAUAAUCCCUCUGCAACAUCAACGACCACUAAACGACGCGCGAGACCCACUGGCACACCUGCCGAUGAGGACGAUGGAACUUCCAAUAAGCAGCCCCCACGCAAGGCUAGAAAAAAGGCAAGGGAUACUAAUGUAUAA